CGUCGACGCCUCCCGCCCCCUUUGCUGAUGCGGGCAAGUCAUGCGGCCUACUCCAGUGUUUGGAUUCGGGGUUUGUUGGACCGCAGGCGGGGCAGACAUGGCGGACAAGUGGAAGUGUGUGUAUAACCUCUGAAGAACCAUGCAGCUGACUUAAAAAAUCAGCAACUUCCAUUCACUCGUGUGCAGCUUGGAGUCAAGAUUGGCGGCUUUGCACUUCCUCCGUCCGGGAGACAUGGAGCUCUCUUCCGAGGGAGAGGCGGAACACAGGCGGGAGCUGUGGAAGCUGUUGUCCAGCCUGAAGACCACAGUGGAGGGCCUCCUGUCCACAAACAACCCCAACGUCUGGUCCCGCUAUGGUGGCCUGCAGCGCCUCCACAAGGACAUGAACAACAUUCUCAGCCAUGGACUGAAGAACGAGCAGGUGUACUACAAGCAGAGAGACUACUGGCCGUUUGUGUGGUGCGUUCGCCGCAUCCGCCCUCACCUCGCUUCCCAUGUUGAACAGUUCAGCCAGCUGGAGCCGGUACUGAGCAGCAGGGUGCAGAGCGCCGGUGAGAGCUACAAGGCUGAACGUUGGCUGCUUCACAGCCUGCAGGUCCACAUGCUGUCAGCGCAGCUCAAACCUCUCCUCAGGCACGUGGGGCACACCAGAAAGUACUACCACGAUGAGGCCUUCCUGCUCAGUGAGCCGCACGUCACCGCCAUGUUCCAGUGUCUGGAAGCUGUGGAGCAGAAUAACCCCAAACUACUGGCCCAGAUAGACACAGUCGGGCUGUCCCCUCUGAAGAACCCGCCGUGCCUCGGCCUGUUGAAGAGCCAGAGCCUGUGUGUGUUGCCGGGGGCUGGCGGGGCGUGGAGACGUGCCGACUCGGCACCGGCACAAGAGUCUCUGAACCGGAGGCUCACUACGUCCCACUGCUCUCUCCGAGAUGUGACUGCCCCCACCGGCACCACCAGCGGGGACAUGGCAGCGGGCGGAUCCCCAAACAGCAACAGCACGAAUUCUACCUCAUCGGCCAGCAGUUUGGGUGCUCCCUGGGUGUGCGUGACCAGUCCUGAGGAGACCCCCCCUCCUGGCCACUCUUCCAUACCCUCCAUCUCUCUGUCAGAGUCCCCCUCUCCCUCCUCCCCUCAGCCCGACACGGGCGAUUCGGGCGACUGUGACUAUGACGACGGUCCCGAGUACCUGGCCAUCGGGAACCUGGGCCAACGCAGUCGCCGCAGCACCCAGAGUUCCACGCAGAGCAGCGAUCCCAGCGAGAGCAAGGACCCGUCCAUGCUGGGGGGUUCUCAGGCUCCCCCCGCGCCCAGGCGCUCGUCUUUUUCCGAGGGGCAGAGAGGGCCUGGCCGAGGCGCCCGGGGACACACCCGUUCCUUUUCCGACACGGGCCUUACCCAAAAACUCAGGAAAGGAACGGCGCACCGGAAAAUCACCAUAAUCAUAGAGGAUCCGGUAGCAGAAUCGACCGGCGGCGACGACGACUGCUGCAUGAAGGACUACAACCCGUUCUCACCUCAGCGCAGCGACGGCAGCGCGCCGACUUCCCGUUACAUGGAUUCUCAUGGGUCUCAGCAUAGCCGCGCUUCAGAUGGUUUGUUCAGGAAGCCGUCCGAGGGCCAGAGCCUCAUCAGCUACCUGUCGGAGCAGGACUUUGGCAGUUGCGCUGACCUCGAAAAGGAGAACGCUCACUUCAGCAUCUGCGAGUCGCUUAUCGCGGCCAUCGAGCUGAUGAAGUACAACUUGCAGCAUCAGCAGCAGGAGGGCGAGGAGGAGGGAGACAGCGACUCGGAGAUUCAGCAGCUCAAGCAGAAGAUCCGCCUGCGGAGGCAGCAGAUCCGCCGCAGCCGUCUGCCGCCCUGCACGGCCCCCCAGCACCUUUUCCACUCGACCGACAGCGGCGGCUCGAGGAGGAGCUCCCAGUCCUCCCUUCACGGCCUGUCUGAUUCCGACUCAGCUGAGGAGGUGGAGGAGUGUGAGCUACAAGAUGGCUGUGAGGGUCAGUCCCUGCUGGCGAUCUCUCAGAAUGGCCUCUCCCUGUCACUUGCCUCCCUUUUCUCAGAAGCAGACAUCAAGCGUAGUGUAAGCUCCAGCAGCAGGUCAUUUCUGAGCUCGGAGUCCAUCUCCACCUCCUUCCUCCAGUCCAACUCAGCCGAGUCGGUCGCCAUGGGUUUGCUCCGACAGUUUGAGGGCAUGCAGCUCCCCGCCGCCUCCGAGCUCGACUGGCUGGUUCCUGAGCAGGACGCCCCGCAGAAGCUGCUGCCCAUCCCCGACUCUCUGCCCAUCUCCCCCGAUGAUGGAGAGCACGCAGACGUCUACAAGCUCCGGAUUCGCGUACGCGGGAACCUGGAGUGGGCGCCGCCGCGGCCGCAGAUCAUCUUCAAUAUCCACCCGCCACCCAAGAGGAAGAUAAUAGUGGCUAAACAGAAUUACCGCUGUGCUGGCUGCGGCACCCGUGUGGACCCAGACUACAUCAAGCGACUGCGCUACUGCGAGUACAUCGGCCGGUACUUCUGCCAAUGCUGCCACGAGAACGCCCAGGCCGUUGUUCCCGGCCGCAUCCUGAUGAAGUGGGACUUCGGCAAAUACUACGUCAGCAACUUUGCCCGGGACUUGCUGAGCAAGAUCGCCGGUGACCCGCUCUUCAACCCCAAUGACAUCAACAGCGGCCUCUACAGGAAGGUGAAAGCGCUGGAGUCUGUCCGGGUUUUAAGGACACAACUCUUCCAUAUGAAAAACCUCUUCAAGACGUGUCGCUUUGCAAAGGAGGUUCUGGAACACUUGGACAGCCUUCCGGGUCACCUGACCGAGGACCUCCACCUGUUCUCCCUGAACGACCUCACGUCCGUGCGCAGCGGGGAGCUGGCCCCCCGAAUGAAGGAGCUUCUGAAGCGGGGCACCAUGCACGUAGCGGGCUGUGUGCUGUGCCAGGCCAAAGGCUUCGUGUGCGAGUUCUGCGGCAACGAAAAAGACAUCAUCUUCCCCUUCCAACUGAGCAAGUGCCAGCGCUGCGAAGAGUGCCACGCGUGUUACCACCGCGCCUGCUUCAAGGCCAGCAGCGACUGUCCUCGAUGUCGGAGGCUGGCGGAGCGGCGAGAGAGGAUGGCGCGCAGGAACAUGGAGGAGCAAGAAGACGAGGGCGGCGGGACGUAGCGUGGAGGCAAGAAGACGAAGAGCACAAUGUGAUUGCUGUGUCUGACUAACUGCUGUUUCCUGUUAGCACCUUUCACUUAGCACUGGAGGACCUGUCCACUGGGGGGGGGGG